AUGGAUACAGGAUUACAAGUUUCUCAACAAAAUUCUACAUCAACAAAUAGUGGAAAUGUAAUUGUACUCAAUAAUAGUGAUAUGAUGCAUCAACGAGCAAAUCUCUCUGGUCAACAAAUAGUUCUUAAAACAAGUUCAUCACCAACAUCUCAUUCAACACAAGGUCAAAUUCUUCAAACAGCGGAUGGUCAAUUUAUUAUUUUACAAAGUGCUGAUCAACAACAAAAUCAAUCGACUCAAUAUGUACAAGUUGGUGGACAAAUUUUACAAAUAAGUAAUGUUCAAUCAAGUCAACAACCUCAAUCAAUAACAAUUCCAGCUGGUGCUUUGCAACUUACUGGUAAUGGACAACAAAUUGUACAAUUAGCAGCACCAACAAAAAUGCAAACAUCAACACAAAAUGGUUCCGUGAUUAUGAUGGUACCAGGAAAUUCAGGUCAAUUACAAACUGUUCAAAUGCAAACAGCUAAUUCAACAACUCCUAGUCAACAACCAUCGAUGACACAAGAAUCAACAGAAGAAGAACCACUAUACGUUAAUGCUAAACAAUAUAAUCGUAUAUUGAAAAGACGUGCUGCAAGAGCAAAACUUGAAGCUGAAGGAAGAAUUCCACGAGAACGAAAACGUAAAUUUCUUCAUGAAUCUCGUCAUCGACAUGCUAUGAAUCGUGUACGUGGUGCUGGUGGUCGUUUUGCGCCGGGAGCAAAACAAAAAGCAUAA